AUGGAUGCCCGGUCGAGGGACGAUAGUCUAUCGCAAGCUCGCGACGGUGGGAAUGAUGGCUUGAGGCCCUCUCAGCCAGGUACUCCAUUGGCAGGGAAACCCAAAGUUCAACAGCCUAAGCCUCAAGCCCUUCCAAACCGAUCAGGGCCCUCUGCCAUCCUAGUCUCGACGCGUCAAAAAGGCAACCCCAUCUUGAACCAUAUCAAGCUUCUGCCAUGGGAGUUUGCUGAUAUUCCUGCCGACUACGUGGUCGGGACUACCAGUUGCGCACUGUUUCUCUCACUAAAAUAUCACCGCCUUCAUCCGGAAUACAUCUAUUCUCGAAUCAAACUUCUAGCGGGAAAGUACAACCUCCGCAUUGUACUAGUCAUGGUCGACAUUCCUAACCAUGAAGACCCCUUAAGAGAGCUAUCCAAGACCUCCAUUGUGAACAACCUCACAUUAAUGCUCUGCUGGUCUGCACCCGAGGCAGCACAUUAUCUCGAACUGUUCAAAUCCUCCGAACAUGCGCAGCCUACUGCGAUUCGCACUCAGCAGGCACAGUCGUAUAAAGAAUCUCUUGUGGAAUUUGUGACCACACCACGGAGCAUCAACAAGUCCGAUGCAGCGAGUCUGAUAUCGACAUUUGGAAGCCUUCAGAAUGCCGUGAAUGCACAGCCAGAGCAAAUCAGCGCCGUGCCUGGCUGGGGGGAGAAAAAAGUUCAGCAAUGGUGCAACGCGGUGCGGGAAGAUUUUAGGGUUGAGACCACCAAAAAAGCAUCGGCCCCGGCUUCUAAGGCCCCAAGGCCAAUGGAACGAGCUGUUCGCAUGCCAGACCAAUCAGCUAUGGAUGAGGAUGAAGACGAGGCGGUGCUUCGAUCUGUUAUGGAAGAAAGCCGGCGCAUGGCUGAGUCUGCGAAUACCCCAUCCAAGCCGAGUCAGCCGGCUGAGCAGCUCGAUGAUGGCAUUGCGGCCGCGCUAGCAAAACUCCGCGAAUCCGGGGGUUGA